AUGUUUGAGAUGAAGAGAGCAAUUGACGCUUUAGUUGUUUUAGCUGGUUUUAUUUCAAUGUAUAACGCAAAAAUGAACCCGCAAUGUUCAAAAUGUAAGGCAGCAAUUAGGAAAUAUAACUACUCAGUCAAAGAGAUAGAAAGAAUGAGAAACGACUAUGCAGACUUAAAGAAAGAAGCAGAAAAGCCAGCAGAAGAUAAAAUGAACAUGUUAGAAUUUCUGAACAAAAACUAUCCAACAGCAGAAGAUUUCCUUCUAUCUGACGUCAAGAAGAAGUAUAAAGAAACCUUCGGUAUUGUUAAAACUUUUGACAUACUGACAGAAGAAAUAGAAGCUACGAAAUUGUUUAGGAUUUCAAAUAUACAUCGUACAAUUCAUGUAAAACGCUUGUGA